UCUCCUCCAAGAUCCAUGUGGCAGGAGGCAAUAAGAAGGAAGCGCUACCUCCUGGACCAGGCUGGGGCAUCCGGAGUUUGGGAUAAGACCGGAGCGCAUGGACAAGCACGGGGCAUGAGGAAUAAGUCCCAGGAUGGGCUGUAUGAGUCCUACUACUGUAUGAGCCAGCAGCACCCUCUGAUUGUCUUUCUACUGCUCAUAGUGAUGGGCGCCUGUCUGGCUUUACUGACUGUGUUCUUUGCUUCAGGACUGAACAUUGAGGACCACGUGGCCUUCGUAAUCACUGUACCCACGGCACUGGCUAUUUUUCUGACUGUGUUUGUACUGGUCUGCGUUGAAUCUAUCUUCAAGAAGCUCCUCCAUCUCUUCUCCCUGCUCAUUUGGGCUUGCCUGGUUGCCAUGGGCUAUCUUUUUAUGUUUUCUGGGGGUAUCGUCUGUCCCUGGGAUCAGGUGUCAUUCUUCCUCUUCAUUGUGUUUGUGGUCUACACCAUGCUGCCAUUCUCAAUGCGGGACGCCAUCAUCGCCAGUGUUGUGACCUCAGCCUCUCACACCGUCGUGUUGAUUGUCUGCCUCUCGGCCAAAACCUCCAGCGUGGAGCCCAUAGUGUGGCAGAUUCUGGCCAACAUUAUCAUCUUCCUGUGUGGCAAUAUGGCAGGAGCAUACCACAAGCACCUGAUGGAGCUUGCCCUUAGGCAGACAUACCUGGACACAUGCAACUGCAUCAAAGCGCCCAUUAAAUUGGAGUUUGAAAAGCAACAGCAGGAGCGGCUGCUGCUGUCAUUGCUGCCAGCUCAUAUCGCCCGAGUGAUGAAAGCUGAGAUCAUCCAGAGACUCAAGGGUCCCAACUUUGGCCAGAUGGAGAACACCAACAACUUUCACAACCUAUAUGUACAGAGGCACACCAACGUCAGUAUUCUCUAUGCAGAUAUAGUGGGAUUCACACGGCUUGCCAGUGACUGCUCACCUGGAGAACUGGUGCACAUGCUGAAUGAGUUAUUCGGCAAAUUUGACCAAAUCGCCAAGGAAAAUGAAUGUAUGAGGAUCAAAAUUCUCGGAGACUGCUAUUACUGUGUGUCGGGAUUACCGGACUCUCUGCCAAACCAUGCCAAAAACUGUGUCAAAAUGGGCCUGGAUAUGUGUGAGGCCAUCAAGAAGGUUCGCGAUGCCACUGGGGUUGACAUAAACAUGCGAGUUGGAGUGCACUCAGGGAAUGUCUUGUGUGGAGUGAUCGGACUGCAGAAGUGGCAGUAUGAUGUCUGGUCACAUGAUGUCACGCUGGCCAAUCACAUGGAGGCUGGAGGUGUGCCAGGGCGAGUUCAUAUAACAUCAGUUACUCUGGAGCAUUUAAAUGGAGCCUAUAAAGUGGAGGACGGCAAUGGACAGGACAGGGACCCCUAUCUCAAAGAGCAUGGGGUCAUCACAUAUCUAGUCAUCAAUCCAAAGGUGGAGCGUAGAAGUCCCCAGCACCGACCCAGACUGAACGGAGCGAAGAUGAGAGCCUCAGUGAGGAUGACACGCUACUUAGAGUCCUGGGGAGCGGCCAAGCCCUUCGCCAACCUGCACCACAGAGACAGCAUGACAAAUGAGAACGGCCACAUCACCACAGCGGGUGUGCCUAUGGGACAGUAUCACUUUCAGAGAAGAUCAGAAAGGACAAAGUCGCAAAAGAAACGCUUUGAAGAAGAGCUUAAUGAGAGAAUUAUAAGAACAUUUGAUGGUAUAAAUGCCCAAAAACAAUGGCUUAAGUCUGAGGAUAUACAAAGAAUAUCACUAUUCUUUCACAACAAGACUUUGGAAAAAGAGUACCGAGCAACAACUCUGCCUGCUUUCAAAUACUACGUGACUUGUGCCUGUUUGAUCUUCUUUUGCAUAUUUGUUGUGCAGAUUCUGGUCCUGCCAAAGACUGUGGUUUUAGGAAUAUCUUUUGGAAUGGCUUUUCUGAUCCUCUCUGUAAUACUUUUUGUGUGUUUUAUUGGACACUUUGUGCAGUGCAGUAAAAGUGCGUCUACGUCUUGGCAGUGGCUGCUCCAGUCCUCCGUCAUUAUUGCCAACAAGCCAUGGCCCCGUAUCACCCUCACCAUGACAACCACUACACUAAUACUCAUAAUGGCCGUCUUCAACAUGUUUUUCUUGGAGGAAAAUUCGAUUUCUGUAAUUCCUGCUUACAACUCAUCCAAUGAAACAUACUUCUUGUUAAAUGGGCCACACAUCAUAUUGACGGACAAAAACAACUUUUAUCUCCCAUAUUUGAUUUACAGUUGCAUUCUGGGCCUGAUCUCCUGCUCCGUGUUUUUGAGAAUAAACUACGAGCUGAAGAUGGUGAUAAUGUUGACAGCAGUGGUGGUUUACAACAUCAUUAUUCUGCACACUCACUCCUCUUUGUUGGAUGAGUACAGCACAUUUCUCUACAGGACCGAAAUCUUGGACAGACCUGGAUUGCUCAAAGACUUGAAGACUAUGGGCUCUAUCUCCCUCUUCAUCUUCUUUGUCACUCUUCUGGUGCUCGCCAGGCAGAAUGAAUAUUACUGUAGGUUAGACUUUCUGUGGAAGAACAAGUUCAAGAAGGAGUGCGAAGAGAUUGAAACCAUGGAAAAUCUUAACCGGGUUUUACUGGAGAACGUCCUGCCCGCUCAUGUGGCGGAGCACUUUUUGGCACGAAACUGGAAAAAUGAGGAUCUAUAUCACCAAUCAUAUGAUCUGGUUUGUGUGAUGUUUGCAUCUAUACCGGACUUUAAAGAGUUUUAUACUGAGUCAGAUGUCAACAAAGAAGGCUUGGAGUGCCUCAGGCUUCUCAAUGAGAUCAUUGCUGAUUUUGAUGAGCUGCUGUCAAAACCUAAGUUCAGUGGAGUGGAAAAGAUCAAGACUAUUGGCAGUACUUACAUGGCUGCUACAGGGCUCAACACAGCAUCUGGGCCAGAGUACACUAUGCAGGAACAUGACAGGCAGUACAUGCACAUUGGAACCAUGGUGGAGUUUGCGUUUGCGUUGGUGGGCAAACUGGAUCUUAUAAAUAAACAUUCCUUCAAUGACUUCAAGCUCAGAGUUGGUAUAAACCAUGGACCAGUGAUUGCAGGUGUCAUUGGAGCCCAAAAACCCCAAUAUGACAUUUGGGGGAAUACAGUGAAUGUAGCAAGCAGAAUGGACAGCACAGGGGUCCUGGGAAAGAUACAGGUGACAGAGGAGACCAGUCGCAUCCUCCAGGCUCUGGGAUAUAUGUGCUCAUGCAGAGGCAUCAUCAACGUCAAGGGUAAAGGAGAUCUGAAGACCUACUUUGUUCACACAGAGAUGACCCGCUCACUGUCCCAGGGCAACGUCAUGCCCUAAGACUC